AUGGCACACGAAAAUGGUUCAGCAUCGUCUUCGCACGCCGGCAGCACACCGCCUAGCACAGCCCUCUCGCCCUCCGGCGCCGCUUCUGAGCGGGCGAGCCCCCUGGAGCGUCAGAUUCGUGCGUCGUUCACCGACUCGACGGUGGUGGUGCAGUGGGAUCCGGAGCGCGACCUGCUGUUGAAUCGCCUCAACUACCGCUCCAUCCAGAUCGGGCUGAGAGGCGACGUCGCUGCUGCGUACGCGCGAGGGGAGUACAUUGAGCGCAUCGCUGACGUCACGGAGCUGUUCCGCGAGGUGCACCGACUGGGCGUGCGGGAGGGGAGGGUGGAAGAAGCGGCGAGGCUGCUCCCCGCAGAAGCGGAGUUCCCCGUUGCGCCAGCCGUGCGCUCCGCGCUGCGCAUGGACGCUCCGCUCGCGGGAGAGGCUGCCGCAAGCUGA